UGUAUUCUGCGGCAUUAGAAUUUUCAUCGUCCAUGACGAACUAAAGACCAAAUCCAUCGGUAAAACAGUACAGGAUCGUCUCGAAUUACUUCUUCCCGUUUGUGCCUCGUUCGUCGAGUCACACGUCACAGAGAUUCCGGAGAAAAGUUCCACGAAAAUGGCACUCGCUUUUGGUAUGUGCGAAACACCGGGCUGCAAAACUAUGGCCAGCCUCCAGUGCCCAACUUGCCUGAAAAUUGGAAUACAGGGCUCGUAUUUCUGUACUCAGGAUUGUUUUAAACGAAGCUGGAAAACACAUAAAGUUAUUCAUCAAAUAGCAAAGGGAACAGGUGGAGACAAAUCUUCCAAUGAAUAUAACCCGUGGCCUUCUUACCAUUACACUGGUAAAUUACGUCCUUACAAGAAGGAACCUCUCCGGGAAGUACCGGAACAUAUCAAACGUCCAGAGUAUGCUACACAUCCAACUGGUAUGUCUCUAAGUGAACAAGCAGUACGAGGUUCUGCUCAAAUAAAAGUUCUGGAUGAUGAAGAAAUUGAGGGCAUGCGAGUAGCUUGUAAGCUUGGAAGAGAAGUUUUGGAUGAGGCUGCACGUACCUGUGAUGUUGGUGUUACAACAGCUGAGAUAGAUAAAGCAGUUCAUGAGGCUUGUAUUGAAAGAGAGUGUUAUCCAUCUCCACUGAAUUACUAUCAAUUUCCAGCUAGUUGUUGCACUUCAGUUAAUGAAGUAAUUUGCCAUGGAAUUCCUGAUACUAGGCCACUCCAGGAUGGAGAUAUUUGUAAUGUUGACGUGACUGUAUAUCAUAAUGGGUUUCACGGCGACUUAAACGAAACGUUUCUAGUCGGUAAUGUGAAACCAGAAGUAAGAAAAUUAGUUGAAGUUACAUACGAGUGUUUAUCAAAAGCUAUAGACAUCGUACGACCCGGGGAGAAAUAUAGGGAAAUUGGAAAUGUUAUUCAAAAGCAUGCACAAGCGCAUGGAUUUAGCGUAGUACGCAGUUAUUGCGGUCAUGGAAUUCACCGUUUAUUCCACACUGCACCAAGUGUGCCUCAUUAUGCCAAAAACAAGGCUGUAGGUGUUAUGAAACCAGGGCAUUGUUUCACUAUAGAGCCGAUGAUAUCUCAAGGUACAUGGAGAGACGAGAUGUGGCCUGAUACUUGGACUGCAGUUACCGCAGAUGGUCAAUGGUCAGCACAAUUUGAGCACACUCUAUUAGUUACCGAAACUGGCUGCGAUAUCCUCACGAAACGACUUACAAAUGACGGGAAGCCAUGGUUUAUGGAUCGUUCAUAGUAGUAUUUUUUUCCAUAAUUUCUUGUCAGUUUACAUUUCAAAUUUUGUGAAUAUGUAAGCACUAUAUUGCUUAAAUACCCUUAUUUUCAUUCUUGCGAGAUUUGUUUUUUCAAGAUCCCACUUCCCUUCUCGUAAGUGUUAUGAUAAUAUCAACAACUCCGAUUGUACACCUCCUGUAAGACAUUUUUUACUGCACGGCUGUUUUUGUAAACAAAAAAAAGAGAGAGAGAGAGAGAGAAACGAGGUGAAACGAUGCUUGAAAAAUAGAAUCUCCGUGAAUUUUUGUUUGUAUCCAGAAUGGCUCUUGUACCAUAUGAAUAGAUUACCUCAAUGAUACAUAUGUACAUAUAUAUAAACGUAAUUCAAAUUGAUGA